AUGGCUUCUUGGUCUGCUGAACAUGCAACAAAAGCUUAUCUCCAAACCCUUAAGAUGGGCAAAAGGGGGAAGGAGCCUAAUGUUUCAGAGUACAUUGCAGCCCUUGCUGCAGGCAACAAUUCACAACUCAUGGUUAUGGUUUGUGCAGGCAGUGCCGGAUCCACAGCACUAGCUUUAGGUGCUGCAGCACGCGAAACCGGCGGCUGCGCAGUCUGUAUUUUACCAGGGCUCGAGGAGUUGCACGCUUCAAGAAAAGCUCUAGGAUGUUAUGCUGAAUUUAUUGGGCUUGUUGUAGGGGAUGCACGGUCUUUAUUGCUAAAUGAAUAUCAAGAUGCCGAUUUUGUGCUCGUUGAUUGCAAAAUGGAUGGGCACGAAUCAAUUUUACUAGCAGCACAAGAGUGUUUGCAUCAGAAGAAAGCAUGUCUUGUAGGUUACAACGCCAUUCAUUGUGAACCAUGGAUAGAUAGUUUGAAAGCUCAUCUGCUACCUAUUGGAGGUGGUUUAUUGGUGACUAGAUUACCAUCAUCUUCAUCAUCACCGGCUGAAAAGUUUCGUGGGGCUGGAAAGAAAGGCAAUUGGGUGGUGAAAGUUGACAAAAUCACUGGUGAGGAACACGUUUACAGAACCACCUUCCACCACUAUCAUGACCGAAUUGCGGCUUAG